GUGCAGCUCAUUGUACCUUCCUAGUCUAUCCUGCCCUCACAGGAGCUCCAGACAAGACUUUUUUUUUCAUGGGAUCCUUGAAAGUUUAGGAUUAGCUUACAAGAAGUGGAGCCCCUCAGGAUACAGUGAUCUGGAUGUGACCAGGAGGAGUUUUCUACAAUGCAUCUGAACAGCGGGCAGAAAUCUUUACACUCGGCUUAUGCACAGGAGAUGUAAUUUAAAGACUUGGUACAGCCAUUUACGCCUGUGGUUGGAGAAAUCGGGGACCAUGGCGCAUUCAAAAUCGAAUGGACCCCAUUACGCCCUUACCGCCGUUGGAGUGGGCUUACUGGUGCUUGGCGUGGUGAUGGCAGUAUGGAACCUUGUCCCAGGAUUUGGAAGCAAUGACAAACCUGUCCCACCCCAGGGUAAUGCCAGCACACCAGAGAAUAAUGGGGAGGUUAAUCUAAAGAGUAAGACCUUCUCGGUGGCCUAUGUGCUGGUGGGAUCUGGCAUUGCUCUGCUUUUAUUAGCCAUCUGCUUAAGCAUACGCAGCAAACGCAAGCGACGUUUGAGUAUGGAGGGCGUGCAGGCUGUCCAGCAAGGAGCAAACCCUCCAUCCAUGGGUGAAAAUCAUGAAGACGUGGACUCCCCCCGAUACUCUGCUCCCAGCUAUGAGGAAGUGAUGAGGAUCGGGUACAGCGCCUCAGAGGCAACAGAGACUGACCGCCAUGAGAGGAUGAGCAUUACCCUCCCCUCCUAUGAAUCCCUGACUGAACUGGAUGAGUCCACCCCCACUAGGCCCAACGCCUCUUCAGCGAAACAAGAGCAACCGCAGAGGACAAAUUCUCGCUCCAAAGAGAAAAAGCCUCUGAACGUCAGAAGAAUCAAGUCUGACAAACUUCACCUGAGAGAAUUCAGACUGAACCUGUCGGGUCAGAGUAAGACGGCGGAGAUCGCCAAGAUUGAGCCUAUUACCCCACCCCCACAAUAUGAAGAUAAGCAAAUUGGUUCUGAUCGGCCCGUAUAGGAGCCACUGUUGCUAUGAAAUAAUUGUACAUGUUUUGUUUUUUUUGUUUGUUUUUCUACUAUUUUUGUGUUAUAUACAAGUAAUUUUAAUUCCCUUCUCUGUCUGAAUAUAUUCCACACAUUUUGUAAUUUACAGGGUUGUCAUUGCUGUGGGUUUAAUAAAUCUUCUGUACUAUA